AUGUCAGAUACAGAGGGAGAUCACGAUGCUGAAAAGCCGAAGGGCGUUUUCUCCACUCUCAUGGCCGAUGGGCAUUGGCUGUACACGAAAGGGGAGUAUAAAAAGGCUGUCAGCAGCUACACGACGGCACUGACUUUAAAGCCUGAUGACAAGUCCUGCUUUGUUGGUCGAUCCAAAUGUUACCUGAAGAUGGGGCAAUAUGAAAACGCUCUGAAGGAUGCAGAGGCUUCACUCAAGGAAGACAAGACAUAUUUCGAGGGAUUGUACCAGAAGGCCGAGGCAUUGUACUAUAUGGGCGAAUUUGAAUUUGCACUGGUGUUUUACCACAGAGGACAAAAGCUGCGUCCACAAAUACAGGAGUUCAGACUCGGUAUCCAGAAAGCACAGGAGGCCAUAGAAAAUGCUAUUGGCAGUCCUUCCUCUGUGAAAUUGGAGAUAAAAGGAGACCUGUCAUUUUUCAAAAAAGAUGAAGAGAAGGCCCUGCCAAUUGCUGCUAUUCAGCAUCUGGCGACUGAGAAAAAACAGCAGACCCAGAAGACCCCUAAGAGUGAGAAGACAACAAAACAACUGCUGGGAGAGUUUUACAGGGACAAGAAAUAUCUAGAAAACCUGCUUAAAGAUGAAGAUUUGGUUAAAGGUAAGACAAAAAGUGGAGAGCGACUGCAAGACGUCAUUCAGGGCUGCCUCACAAACCUUGACACUUGCACCGAGUUCUGGAACCAGGAGAAACCUAGUUGUUCACGGGGAAAGGAGCGCAAGCAGCAAAAAUGCAGCAAGACCCGCCAAAGCGUACUCUCUGAACCUGCUCAGUUCCUGCUGAAGAGCCUGGAUGACAUUGAUGCAGAGUUGACAUCUGGAAAUGCUGAAGGUAGUUUUAAGAAGGCAGAAGAAGUGAUGAAGACAGUGCAUGGCUGGUCGGAGAAAGAGCUCCCUAAUAAGAAAGAAGUUCUGGGCACCCUGCACAGUUGUAUUGGGAACGCGUUGAUCGACCUGGGAGACAUGGACAAAGCUUUAGAGCAUCAUCAAAAAGACCUGGAGUUGGCUAAACGGGGCAAACUCCCUGAUGCAAUGUCCAGGGCCCUGGACAACAUUGGGCGGGUUUAUGCCCAAACUGGACAGUUCACACAGGCUAUUGAGUUCUGGGAGAAGAAGAUUCCAUUGGUCCGUGGUGGUCUGGAGAAGACCUGGUUGUUUCAUGAGAUUGGUUGGUGCUACCUGGAACUUAAUCUUCACAAAGAGGCUCAGGUCUAUGGUGUCCGCUCGGUUGCUGCAGCUGAUGAAAUUGCUGAUGAAAAAUGGCAGAUAAAUGCCAACGUCUUGGUGGCACAAUCAGAAUUGAAACUUGGAAACUUCGAAUCCUGCGUCUCUCACUUUGAGAGAGCCUUGUCACUGGCCAAACUGCAAGAAGACGACUCUGCCAUGAAUGUCAUUCAGAAGGCCCUUGAUGAAGCAAAGCAACGCCUACCACAAUGAUGAUGUCCUUAGUCAAGAUUUGUGUUUCAUUAGUGCUGAGAAAAAUACCUCCAGAAGCAAAAUUCAUUAAAUGAAAGUUAGUAGAACAAAAAGAGCACAAUUAAAAUCAUUUCCCUCAAACAGGCUACUGAGAUAUUUUAGUUUAUAUGAAUGCAGAAACAGUUUAAAAUGCAUGAAUACUUUUUGAUGAGAGCCUUAGAAACACAUUUAUUUAUGCAAGCGUACACAGGCUGAUAAAUAACACCCAGUAUUUGCCCGUAGGUCUUUGUGCGAAGGUAAUAAUACAAACAGUACAGUAUGAAGUAUAACUUUAAAACCAAACCAAAACAUCUAUUAUCUAGAAGAUGUGUCACUUCAAUAUGCAAAAUACAAGAAUCUUAUCUCUUUAUCAUGCACACUGCAAACGACCAGCCAUGAAGCUGUUUCGCAUUUUAA